CGCCAUGGAUUCAUAACUUGACGCCCCUGAGAGCAGCGGUGCGUUGGGUUGCAGGGGUGUCGCAGUUUGAUUCAGAACAAUUUCGUAAUCAGCAUCGCUAUAGAAGGAAGUGCAGCCAUGGCGCAGGGGCUCAAAGAAAGGUUUGAAAAGUUUCUCCAUGAGAAGAAUUUCAUGACAGAUGUUCUAGCAAAAAUCGAGGCAAAAACUGGAGUGAGCAGGACGUACAUCGCUCUGGCUGUCAUCGGGAUAAUCGCAGUUUACUUGGUGAUCGGUUACGGAGCCUCCCUACUGUGCAACCUCAUCGGCUUUCUUUAUCCAGCCUACAUAUCGAUUAAGGCCAUUGAAAGUGCCACCAAAGAUGAUGAUACUAAAUGGCUUACCUACUGGGUGGUGUAUGGAGUCUUCAGUGUGGCAGAGUUUUUUGCUGACAUCUUCCUCUCUUGGUUCCCGUUCUACUAUAUCGGAAAGUGUGCCUUCUUGGUGUGGUGCAUGGCUCCAACUCCCUCUAACGGAUCAGUCCAGAUUUACAACCGCAUCAUUCGACCAUUCUUCCUCAAGAACGAAGCCAGGAUUGAUGACGCAGUGAAGAAUCUCAAGGACAAGGCAUCAGAAGCUGCUGACAAGUUCAAAGAUGAGGCCAAGAGAGCCACAGCAAACAUCAUCUUUGAGGAGAAGAAGAGCACCUAAGAAGGACACUUCCUGUCCACCGUGUCUCUCUGGAGCCCACUCUGUUCCAGAAGAAAUGUUGCCUUGAAAAUGUUUGUUUAAAAGAGUUCAUGUAAUCUGAUUCUUUAGCCAACCUGUAUUAGAUGUUACACAUGUUACAUGUUUCAAUUAAAGCCAUUUCCCAGGUCAGUUCACUUAUUUAACUUUGCCUUCUGGAGGGCUGUGAGAUGACUGUAUGCUGGCCCUGAUGCGCUUCUCGAACCAAAUAAAAACAAACUUGCUGAAGUGGUUCUCUGAUUUUCAUACUUUCACUAUAUUGUGUGCAUAAACUGAGAACUGUUAUGUAAAGGGCAAACUAUAUGCAGAAUUGCUGAGAAUAAUAUUGUGAUAGACAAAUUCUCUGUGUUUUUAUGUUUUAUAGGUAGAUGAACUCUUUGAUUCAUAGACAUUCUAAAGUUAAUAUUGUCAUUACAGGAUUGAAGGUACCCACAAGGAGAGCAUUUCAGACUCUCAGAACUGGGACUGACUGCACCUACAAUUAAAAGCCAUAUUUGAAGAUUAUUUGUGGACUUUAUUAAAAGUCAUAACACAUUAAAUAGAACAACUGAGAA